UGUGUGCAUGAAAGGCAAUGGCUUUCAUUGCAUGAGGUUAUAGUGCUGACAGAAUGGACAAAAAGCCACAGCCUAAGGCGUUGUGUUCAUACAUCGCGGUAACAACAAUGUCUGACGCCGAGCAGCAGUACAUGGAGACCUCCGAGAACGGCCACGAAGCCGCUGAAGCCGCCGACGCUAGUCAAGAGGCGGUGGAAGGCCAAAACGGCUCCGAGGGAGAUCAGAUCAAUGCAAGCAAAGGAGAGGAGGACGCAGGGUGCGUACCUGAUAUUUCUUCCCCUUUAAAUAAAGGAGUGAAAAUGUUUGUUGGUGGCCUCAGUUGGGAUACAAGCAAAAAGGACUUAAAAGAUUACUUUUCUAAGUUUGGUGAAGUGUCAGACUGCACAAUCAAGAUGGACUCCAAUACAGGUCGCUCUAGAGGUUUCGGAUUUAUCCUGUUUAAGGAUGCUUCCAGCGUUGACAAGGUUUUGGAACAGAAGGAGCACAGGUUGGAUGGGAGGCUGAUUGAUCCCAAAAAGGCAAUGGCAAUGAAAAAAGACCCAAUAAAGAAAAUUUUUGUUGGAGGGUUAAACCCAGAAGCGGGAGAAGAUAAGAUUAGAGAAUACUUUGGAACGUUUGGAGAGAUUGAAGCAAUUGAACUACCAAUGGAUCCAAAAACAAACAAGAGAAGAGGCUUCGUCUUUAUUACAUUUAAGAAAGAGGAACCUGUAAAAAAUAUCUUGGAGAAGAAGUUCCAUACUGUUAGUGGUAGCAAGUGUGAAAUAAAGAUAGCUCAACCUAAAGAAGUGUAUCAGCAGCAAUAUGGUGGUGGCCGUGGCGGCUUUGGUGGUGGAAGAGGAGGAGGAGGCGGCAGAGGUGGAAAAGGUCAAGGACAGAGUUGGGGUCAAGGCUACAACAACUACUGGAAUCCGGGUUAUGGAACUCAAGGAUAUGGUUAUGGCCAGCAAGGAUAUGGUGGCUAUGGAAACUAUGACUACACUGGAUAUGGAUAUUAUGGCUAUGGACCAGGUUAUGACUACAGUCAGGGCAGUGCAAACUAUGGAAAAGCCCCUAGACGUGGUGGCCAUCAGAAUAACUACAAGCCAUAUUGAACAUUUCUUCAGGUAAAAAAACAGAACUGAUUUGGGGGUCUGCUUAAAACUGCAGCUCUGCAUCUAGGGACUGCCUCUUGGAGUUAAGUAUGGACUCUGUUACUCCAGUUGUACAGAACGCCUCAUCCUAGGGAACCAGUGUCAUUUUUUUCCACCUUUUUAUUUUGUAUUGUUUUGUGUCAUAC